CCUCAGGAUAACAUUAGACUAAGGAAAGCUCCACAUUCCCACCCAGUCUUGGAGUGCAAUAAUAUCAGAGGGCAAGAGCUCUCUCUGCAGCAGUAGGCUCUGUCUCCUGAAAGCAGAAGGAAAACCCAAGAGUGAGAGUGGUACAACAGAGCCUGCUUCCCGCCAGAGCCCUGCAGGAGGGCUUCCCCCUGCCCUGGCCCAGAGAUCCCUCCAGAAAAGGGUUGGCUGUGCUCUAGCCUGAAUGCGGAAUAAGCAACAGUCCAGUACUGCAGGCUGUAUUCCCCUGGCGUCAUUGCCAACACCACAUGAAGUCAGCUGGGGAGAAGGAGCCAGGGUGCUGCAAGCCGGCUGGAACUGAGGUUACUGUCAUCUCAGGGAGGCACUGACUCAGAAAGGAAUCUCAUCCCCCCCCCCCCCCCACGGCAAAUUAAGUCUUUUCCAGGAGUCCCUAUUUUCAUUCUGAACAUCCAGAAUGGUGUUCCUGAAGUUUCUCUGGCUGAGUUUCUUCUGUCACCUGUGUCAGGGCUAUUUCGAUGGUCCCCUGCACCCAGAGAUGUCCAACGGGACUCUGCAUCACUACUUCGUGCCUGAUGGGGACUAUGAGGAGAAUGAUGAUCCUGAGAAGUGCCAACUGCUCUUCAGGGUGAGUGACCACCAGCGCUGCUCCCAGGGGGAGGGGAGCCAGGCCAGCAGUCUGCUAAGCCUCACCCUGCGGGAGGAGUUCACUGUGCUGGGCCGCCAGGUGGAGGAUGCUGGGCGCGUUCUGGAGGGCAUCAGUAAGAGCAUUUCCUACGAUUUGGAUGGGGAAGAGAGCUACAGCAAGUACCUGCAGCGGGAGUCCCACCAGAUUGGGGAUGCCUACUCCAACUCGGACAAGUCCCUCACAGAGCUGGAAAGCAAGUUCAAGCAGGGCCAGGAACAGGACAGCCGGCGGCAGGAGAGCAGACUCAAUGAGGAUUUCUUAGGGAUGCUGGUUCACACCAGGUCUCUACUGAAGGAAACACUAGAUAUCUCUGCAGGACUCAGAGACAAAUAUGAGCUGCUGGCCUUGACCAUCAGAAGCCAUGGGACCCGGCUGGGUCGGCUGAAAAAUGACUAUCUUAAAAUUUAGGUACACAGGCACAUUGUUUGGGAGAGGACAACAAGCCAAGUUCCUUUUUGGAGGGGGGCAGGAGGCACUGAAAUGGGAGUUUACAUCUCCCUUAUAGCUAUGAUUUCCUAAUAUCUAGAUUUGCAACUGAAGAAGUACCUGAAGUUCUCUUAAGAAAGAAGUGAAAGUUGAGUGAUUUAGGUUCUGUUUGGGUAUGUUAUUUAUGAUCACUAUUGAUUUGUCACCUGGAGAGAACAAGUAAAGUCUGUCUCAGGUCUUUUGAAGAGCACUUUAUAGCUCUGCAGAGACACAUUUCAGCACAUCUGAAAGGAUAGUUUAUGCAGUGGAGACAGACUAAACUUAUGCUUCCUGGAGAACGUGUGGAAAUACCCAAACCUUGUUCAAACCCUUCUUUUACUCUCAGCCUUCUCUCUCAGGCUCUGAAAGCUGCCAAAGUUGUCUUCAGUUCUGAUGUGUGGUGCUGCCCUCUGCAUGCCUCCCAAACAUGGAAGGAGCCUGUUUCCUCUCCUUUUCUAAUUUAUUAACCAUGGUCUUAAAGGUUUUGCUUUUAAGAAUUUUUAUUCUGGUUAGAGUAUUGUCUGGAAAUUAUGUGCAAGUCAUCCUUUUUGGAAAUAAUGCUGAGGAACUUUUGUGGGUUUAUGUUAAAGUGAUUACAAUUACAAAAUAUAAGCUUUAUGGUGGUCACACACUCAUGCUGAUAUGCUGAUUAGUAGUGCCUGUUAUUGUAUUUAUAUGUCUCUGUCAUCAAUUUACCAGCAAUAUAGUAUAAUACAAAGAAGUCUGUAGAUUAUUUGAACUCACAGCAGGAUGCUAAUGUAGUCUUUCUAAUAUAGGGGUCAGUCUUCUCUUUGCUUAUUGGAAACUUGUAAUAUAAGUAGUGGGAGUUCUAAUAAUUCCUUAAUUAAGCUUGUUUAUUCAGCUAAUAAAUAUGUUCUCAUAUAAUACUGACUUAUUUUCCAAUUUAUAGCCAUAGCUUUACUAUUGCAAGAAAAAGAAGGAAAGGCAAUGAGAAAAGAAAGAGGAGAAUGGAAUUUGAAUUACAUUACUUAGACUAAAAAUAAUAAUGAAGUCAGAAGGGUAGUUAUACACAGGAAAUCAAUCAUCCCUUUUUGAUCAUUCUUACCAUCCUAAAAAAUAACUAAUAAUAAUCUAGCCUGUGCCAUAAUCUCAUCACUACCGGUUAGCCUAAUGACUUCAAUUUUCUCCAUUUCUUAUGGAAGCAACUGGAUACAUUUAUAACAAGGCUCACACUAUAUUUUCCUUUAUAAUACAUAGGGAUAUUUCCAGUCAAAAUAAUAGUAACUACAAUGAUUUUUUAGUAAAUUUGAACCAGGUUAAUGUUAUUUAAUUAACGGUUUUCAAAAGGUGGAAAUGUGGAAUUUUCAUAAGUUUCCAAAGUCAACCUUCACCCUUACCUUAAAUAUGUCUAUCUUGCACACAUAUAUGUAUAAUCUACCUAUGGAAAAUAAAUGUUUAUAAUUCACUCUUCAA